ACCAUGAAAUAACCAGAAGAGCUAAAACAAUCUUGAGAAAAAAGUAAAAGUGGAAGGAAUCACAUACUCUGGUUCCAAAAUAUAUUAUAAAUCUGCAGUAAUUAAAAUGGUAUGGUAUUGACAUAAAGAUAAACACAGGCCAGUAGAACAGAAUAGAGAGCCAGGGAAUAAACCCAAGUAUGCACAGUUAGCUGAUUUUUGACAAAGAAGAGAGAGACAUAGUCUCUUCAACAAAUGGUAUUAGGAAAACUGUAUAUACACAUGCAAAAGAAUGAAUAAAUUCUUAUGUCUGGAUACAUCUCAACUAAUUCACCUUUUAAUUGCAAGCUACUGUUUUAUUGUAUCACUUUUUAAUUUCUUGGGUUUUACAUUUCACUGAGAAGGCAAAGAAGAUGUAUUCUAAUAUUGUUUCAUAGUAUAAUAUUUUAAAACUAUGGUUUACAUUUGCAUCCUGAAUUCAGUGGUUUCCUGCUUACAGAAUUCUAACCUUCAUGUCUGAUUACUUCUGUUUUCUCUUCCUUGAAUGAUUAAAGUCCAUACAGAUUUGGCGCUUAUCACAGAUAGCUUCAAUAACUUUCAAUUUGUCUCUUUCAUCAAUUAGUAAUUGUUAGAACUCUCCUCUCAUUUUUUAAGCCAUUAAUUAAAUAUUUGGUGUCUAUCUGAUAAUUGUUUUCCUGAACCCAUUUACUGAAUUCAUUCUCUAGUCUGCAUAUAUAGCUAUGAAUUAAUUCCUACAUACUUAGAAGUAAUGUGUAGUUUGUCCCGUGUCCAAAACAGUGCCCACCAUCUACAGAUUUACAAGUUCCAUGCAUACAGUGGUCUUUUUGCUCUGAGCCUUUCAAUUACCAUCCUUAUGUUCCAAGGUACCACACACCACCACGUUCACUGCCAUGCCAGCGACAUUAGAUAUGCAGAAUUGUUGUCCCAGAAUUGAGACAGAAAAAGACUCUGCUUCAUAAGGGUACUAUUGUAGUUGUUUGGGCAACAGCAAAUCAAAUAUGCCUGUGGUGAAAUUACAAAGGAUAGAAGAGCAAGGAGUCAAUGUUCCAUUCCCCUUGAACAGCUCAGUGUGAACACAGCUCUGCUUCACCACAGACUGCUGGCUGCUCAGCUCAAGCUCACAACACGCAGGGAUGGGGCUUAGAGCAGCAGGCACAUAGCAUGGGGAAUGGUGUGGCAGAGGCCACGGUGUGCUGCUGGAAAGGGAAGCAGCUAGAAAGUGCAGGAUCCUCAGCAGGUGCCUGACAGGUCAGACCAUCCAGCAUCCACUAGGAUCAGACUUGCUUAUGAACUCACAGGAGAUACUUCCAGAAAUAACUAAUGGGUUGUAAUUUUACAAAACCAGAUUACAUCAGGGUUGGAGGCAUUUAAAGUUACCACCAUCAGUGACUCCAUUGGUCUCCACCGGCUGGUCAAAGAAGGUGAAGCUCAAUGACAGUAAAUAAAUAAAUGAAGAGAGCAAGCAUCUAGGUGUCCCUAUUUGGUAGGCCUAAUUUUUAAAAUUGUUUUAAGAGGGCCCUCUUCUAAUUCAUCUUGAGUAAUAUGAGCAGUGACCAAAAAAAAAAUGUCUAGUCAUAUAAGGAGAGUAAAAAACAACAGUGAUGUUAGUGGAAGGUGAACCAUUUCCAAGGAUACAUAAAGCCUAUGCUCAAGGCAUUGGAACUGGUAUAACAGCAGCUAAAAAUGCCACACCUUGGUUGAGGGUCACAAUGGAGAGCGUGCAGUGAUUUCCCUGAGUCCAGGAAUUCAACGGGCAGUUAUGAAAGUGGCCUGCAUUGGAUGAGGAUAGUUGAAGGUCUAGAGUUUCAGCAAUUUUGUAGGUGGUAUCUCAGAGUAAAGACUUUUCUGUAUUAUUUUAAGUAAUUGUACCCACACUUCGGUUGUAGCAUCUUCCCCCCCAGCUACUAUGACAGGUGAGGAAACAGGAUUUCUGAUGUUCACAUUGUUACGGCAUUUAAUUAGCGAUAUAGAAAUAUUACCCUAGACAUGAAUGGACAGGAAAGAAUUAAUCCUUCCUGCAGUUCAGAUGUUUGGUUAAAAGAGUGAAUGUAUCAUUUAAAAUAGAUGGAGAAAUAAACUAGAUACCUAGGUCAGAUAAAGAGGAAAUAAAUAUGGUUAUGAAAUAGGUAUGCGUUUUAUGGAAAUAAUCAAAUCAUCUCAGGAGCAGGAAGUCACAUUCAAACAUCUCCCUGCAUCCAGGCCUGAUAACAAACCAGCAAGCAAAGGAUAAAGAAAUCCUGCAGAUAGGAAAACGGCAGUCAACAAUGAACCAGGGGAAACGUGCCUCCAGGGUAUUUUCUUGUGUGAGACAGUGGUAGGACCUGCAGACUGUUCCCUGCCUGGGAAUUGUUGCAGAGAUGCUGAGCCCAAGAUACUUUGGAUAGAAGGGUGAUGCCUAUCCAGCUCACGGGCCUCUUCAUAAUCACCCAUGAGCUCGAGUCCUUGGGAACAAUUGUGCAGAACAGGUUAAUUGCCACAGUGCUGGGCGGAGAGUGGGUGUAGUUUACUGCCUCUUACUGUGUCAGUCUCUUCUUUCACCCAUCUUCUCUUUUCUGGCUCAGGUAAAGAAUUUUGAGGUUGAUUCCCUGGCCAUUGCUGGCUUUUCUGUUGAUUUCUUGUGUGUGAAUCAUCCCUUUAGCUAUUAGGAAUCACAUCGUAGUUCAGUUCAUCAUUACAGGGUAUUUCUCUACAAACAGGACUGUGAUUGAACGACUGAAGAUAUUCCAGCCGGUUUUGCCUUUCCUUCCAUUCCUGGCCUUCACUGUCUCGCACUUGGCCUCACUCUCCCAAUGCUUGCAGUAAAUGCCACCCCACAAUGCUGGCCACUGCACCUCCGGCAUGAGAGCUCAGUCCCCUGCCCUGAUGUCUCACACCAUCUUCCUCAGCUUCUUCCCCUCUUGCUUCCUGACCCUCCUCAUCUCUGUUAUAAGCAUCCCAUUUGAUGAGAAGUCCUGGUUCUGUGCCUGGGAAGCUGUCAUCUGUGCUAGAGUCUAUAGUUCCACUUCACUAAUGUUGAGUGGCCCUACAUUGAUUAGGGCUUUAAAGGUAAGGUGCUGGGCCUAGAGGCUGACUGAGCACAGGGGCACGACCCCUGGGCACCUGGGACUUUGCAGUGACACAACUAAUACCAGUAAGCAGCAGUACUCUGCACAGUACCCUGUGUGAUAGUUCAUCAAGUUUAUCUUUCCAAAAAGACAUUGAUUUCAAAUAUCAAAUAAAAAAAUAUUAAUUUCACCUAUCUUUUCUAUUGUUUUUCU